AUGGAUGCAAAACCUGACUUAAGUCAUUUAACUGAUGAUGAAAGAAAAAUCAUUGAAGCUGUUAUUAAUCGACAAAAUGCAGAAGAAAAACUUGAUGCUUUUAAUAUUCCAUCUCCUAUUGAUGAUUAUUCAUUACCAUCCAUAGCAAUAUCAUCAUCAUCAUCGUCUCGUCGAUAUUCUCAGUCGAAUGAAUCAGGUGUAUUUUGUCAAAUUUGUCAAAAAACAAAAUUCGUCAAUGAACAAUCAUCUCGACAAUGUUCCAUAUGUCAAAAACGUUUCUGUGUACGUUGUGGUAUACGUUUAAAAUCUCAAUAUUAUGUUUGUAAUCAAUGUCGGCAAAAACAAGAACAUUAUUUUUCAUCAACAAAAAAUAUUUGUAAACAAUAUCUAUCGGAUUAUAUUUUAUCUCAAACAUCUGAUGAAAAUAAUCAAAUGAAUAAACAACGUAUGUUACCAAAACCAGAAAUAAAUAAUAAUAAUAAAAAUCAUGAUGAAGCAUCACCAUCAGAUUCAAAUAAAAAUACAAGAUUAUUACCACAAAUAAAACCAAAUCUACGUUCAAUGAAUAUUCUAAGAGAUUUUCAAUAUCAUUCACUUGAAGAUAGAGAAAUUGGUCAUGAAUUAACAUUAAAAGAUUCAGGAAUUGAUACAGCUAGUUCAAGUACAAUAUUAAAUGUUAUAUCAUCCGAACAAUUUAAAAAGCCGAUGACAUAUUGGCGUUUUAAUGAAGCCCAUACAGAACAAAUUGGUUAUAUUUAUUUAAAAAAUACUCUUCCAACACAUGGAAAAAUACAUAAAGAAGAUAUUUUUAAAGUAUUAGGUUUACAAAUUCAAAAUAGUAUUCGUUAUGAAAAUGAAUAUAUGGCUGAGAUUACUAAAGUUAUACCUGGAAGUAUUGCUGAUACUUAUGGACAAUUACGAAUUGGUGAUCAAAUACUUGAAUGGAAUGGUGAAAAAUUAACAAAUGAUAUAAAUCAAAUAUUUUCUCAUAUUCCAAAACAUUCUCCACAAAUUCAUAUGAUUGUUAAACGAUUAAUUAGAAAUCCAAUAGAAUCUAAUAAUGAUCAUUUAAUAUCCAAUCGAAUUUUUCAAGAAGAUAAAACAAUUUCGUCAACAAUAGAAACUAAUUACAUCCAAUUACAAUUUUCAUAUCGAUAUGAUGAAAAUUGUUUACAUGUUAUGAUAUAUGGUGCUAGACAUAUUCCUAUUCGACAAGGAUUAGUUGCUUGUCAAUUAUCAUUGCAAUAUGACCGUGAUAUAUCAUCAACAGAAGAAAAAUGUACUAAAGCUCAACCAUGUUCAUCUGGUAUAUGUACUUGGAAUCAACAUAUAACUUUUUUCGAUAUUGAAACGCUUGAUAAUAUUCUAUUAUGGAUUAAAUUAAUUAAUCUUGAACACAAUCAAGAAAUUUUAGGAGAAAUCAAAUUUAAUAAAUUAUAUUCAAAUAGUAAAACAGAAUGGUAUAAUUUAAAUAACAAUAUAUCAAACGGAUUACCAUUCAAUCGUGUUCUUCCACCACCAACAACAACAGACAUUCCGUCAACGACGAAUACUCGUAAAAGACAAUUGCCAGAUAUUCCUACUGCACAAUUAGAAGCAAAUAGAGAAAAAGUUUCACAAGAUUUAUUUCAAAAAGCAGCCGAAUUAAAAUUACGUCUUCAUAUGCAAUCAAAAAAUGAGAAAUCUCUUAUAAUGCAACGUAGUUUUGAUCAUACAGAGUUAGUUUCUAAACCAACUUAUGAAGAUCGUACACAAUCAAUUGAUGAUAAUUCAAGAAAAUCACGAAUAAGUUUAUUAUCAUCAUCAUCAAAAAUGUCUUCAACAAAUACAUCAAGAGAAAAACUACGUAUACCAAUGAUUAGAGAUAAAAGUGUACCCAAUUCCAUAUUAACAAGACGAACAAGUUUGAUCGAACAGAAUGGUAAUACUACUACUACUAAUAAUAAUAUUGAAAAGUCAAAAUCGAAAUCUUUUGAAGAAAAAUAUCGAAAAACGAUUAAAAAACGAUAUUCAUCUGAAACACAAGCAGAAGAUGUUGAUUCUGAUGGAUCAGAAUUAUCAUCCGGUUCAAGAAUUAGUUCAGCUAGCAUAUUAUCAACACAAUCUGAACGACCUCGAUAUCUACGAAAACAUAAUAUACCAAAAAAUGUUAAUGAACAAUUUUAUCAUAGUGAUGAAAUACAAUUAAAUGAAAAAGAACUUCGACAAAUGGCUAUGCGUACAAAUGAUACAGUAAUAAAUUCUACUAUAAAUAAUCCAACAGCCACGGAAACACCAGUACCAUCAACUUCUAUUGUCAAUGGCAAAAUUAGUAAACUUGAUCAACGUAAUGAUGGUACUGUAUCGGAUUCAGCUUUAAGUUCACAAUCUGAAACAAAUAAAAAACGGCAACCAUCUAUGUCAUCAAAAGCUCUUGUUAUACUUGGAUUAUCUAAAAAAGCGAAUAGUUCAUCAAAUCUUGGUUGUGCGAAAAGAUAUGGUUUCCAAAGAAGUGAAGAAAUUGGUGUUCAACCUCAUUUACGAAGUCGAGCAUUACAACAACAAACAAGUAAAGAAAAUGAAACACCAUCUAGUGCUCCACCUAUGGUUUCAACGAAAUCAUUAUUUGCUGGAGCUUCUCCACCAAAUCAAUGUCAGUCUAUGCCUAAUGAUAUGAUAAAGUUAUGGUCUGGUGGCCUUAAAUUACCACAUGAACAUCAAUUUACUGAAUUUAUUGAAGGUUUAGGAAAAGGACAAUUAGUUGGACGACAAGUUUUAGCUUCACCAUGUCAUGGUGAAAUUCAAAUAGGUAUCCGUAAUCAAAAUAGUUAUCUUGAAGUUGAAAUUGUACGAGCAAGAAAUUUAAUUCAAAAACCAUACUAUAAAAUGCCUCCAGCUCCAUAUGUAAAAGUUUAUUUACUUGAUGGAAAAACAUGUAUAGAAAAACAACGUACUCGAACAACAACACGUCGUACACUUGAUCCACUUAUUCAGCAAGCACUUCUAUUUAAAGAAACUUUUCGAGAUAGAGUUUUACAAAUCAGUAUAUGGGGUGAUUAUGGUAAAUUAGAUCGAAAAGUAUUUAUGGGUGUUUGUCAAAUAGGUUUAGAUGAAAUUAAUUUAAAUACUUCUCAACAAACUCUUAGUUGGUAUAAAUUAUUCUCUUCUAAUUCACUGAUGAAUAAUUAUACGAUUGUACAACAAUCAAAAAGAAAAAAUACAAUAUCAUAA